AUGAGACGUCUUGUCACCAAGAGGCAAAGGCCCGGCCACGACUACGAGGUGCGGCUGCAGCCACGCACCCUGGGGCUGCCACCGCCAGGAGGGCUGCAGCCGGCACCGUCAUCCCGCAGCCCCGACAGGAGUUUCACCCCUCCCGCAGGCGGGCAUGAACAACCUCCAGAAGCGGGCCGCUCCCUUCUUUGUGGCAAGCCUCUUUUCUCUCGGGCGCCCUGUUGCCUAGAAGGGCCCCGCAGGCCAGGGAGAAACAGGAGCACGCCCCGCUCGGAACCCCCAAAGCGGAGCGAGCCCAGUGCGGUGUGCGGCCCGCGGCGCCCGGGCCAGCCCUGCCCGAGGCGUUCUUCUCCGUCCGCCCCCUACUCACCUGCCCCGCCAGCCCAGCUAGGCAGCGCAGGGCGCUGCUUGCCACCUCCGAGGCCGCGGGGUUGGCGCCGAUCACCGGAGCGUGGGCGCCGGACUGGAGCGGGCUCGGCGGCGCCGCCGCCAUGA